UAUAUAAGCUGUAAUAAAAGGAAAAUACUUCCAAUUGUUUCCCUCUUUUUGUUUGUAUCCGUUUCUCUCGGGAAGGCUUAUUUUCUCUCCACAAUAAUGGCGGAAUCCAAGAGCAAGUUUGAAUCCAUAAGGGAAUGGGUUGUUGAUCACAAGCUUAGAACUGUUGGUUGUUUGUGGCUUAGCGGGAUUGGGGGUUCCAUUGCUUACAAUUGGUCUCAACCUAACAUGAAACCCAGCGUUAAGAUCAUUCACGCUAGGUUGCAUGCACAAGCCCUUACAUUGGCUGCAUUAGCUGGUGCUGCAGUAGUCGAAUACUAUGAUCACAGGAACAAGCCGAAAGCCGAUCCUUAUGCAAAGUACCUUCCACACUCACACAAAGAGUAGGUUUGUCUUGAUUAAUUAAGCCCCAUUCGCAUCACAUUCUUUUCACCUGUUUACCUUAUUUACAUAAACAUAAAUGUGGGGCUUGCAAGUGGGUUGAUAUUAAGUUUUUAUCUCCGAAUUUACACAAAACACGUGUUGUUUUCAUCAUCCAUUGAUGGAUGGCUAAUUCCUAUUUGUAUUAAACAUUGAUUAUGGAAAUUGAUUGAUUGAAUUUUUAGCCAAUUGGCAAAUGAAA